AUGUCUUUAGAGCUAGGAAUCCCAACUGCAGCUUCAGUACCUCAUUCUGUUUUGAAUGGGUUCAAGAACUUGGUUGGCAUUGCCAUUGCUAUUUAUUAUCCUUUGAAGCAGGCACAAACCCUUAUUGAUGUCAUUAAAGACCCAUCAAAACUUGCUGCUCUUCAGUCCUCAGCUCCUGCCACAGCUACAGCUGCCCCUCAGGAGACUUCUAAGCCAGUAGAAGAAGAAAAAGAAAUAGAAGUUGAUGAAGAUUUAGGAGGAAUGUUCGGCGAUGAAGACUAUUAA